ACAUGGGUUCUUCUUUCUUUUGCAUGGUUCAUUUUUCUGAUAUAUUUAUUUGAGUGAUUUUGAUUGAUUCUACCUUUUUCAUAAAAGUUCCAUCGCUUUUCAUCGCUUUUAAUGGGGUUUACCUACAAUUUUAUAUCAUUGGUGUUCAUUAAUUUCUUUUACCAGAACUUUUUUUUUUCUGACGAUUCUUUUACUAAGUUGGAGUACUUUUUAAUAGUAAAAUAUUUAAUGCAAACUAUAUAAACAGGAGGCGAUCACUUAUAUUAAUACUGUGUUAAAUUCAACUGUAUAUUUCCGUAUUAAUACCAUUAGUACUUUUUCAAAGCAUGGAAUUUUUUCCUAGUCAAUUUUUUUUUUCGUAGACGAUCGCUGCUUUAAAGUUUCAGUCUUCUCGUGGGCCUUAAGAGCUCCGGUGGGUUGUUCAUUCAUUUACAAUAAUCUCAGAGGUCUCCACUGUCCCUCUUGUUCCCACCUUCGCCUCUGCUUGGGUUUUUUUUUUUUUUUUGGGUGGAGGGCUUCACGUUAAAGUUUACGAUGAAUACUUAAAAGCUUGAAGGGAAUGGAAGGAAAUAUAUUGAUCGGAAUCAAGCUCUGAAAAGGGGUUUUUUGUAUUAUUUCUAGUGUUGGGUGAACAUGUCUUCUGCUACUUGGGUUACUUCUCUUUCAUGUUCAAGCUCUGUGAUCGAAUCUUCCAAGGAGACAUCUAUUCCUAUUAUAUUCCAAUGGUUGAGAUUCAUUUUCCUCUCUCCAUGUCCUCAGAGAGCUCUCUUCUCUGCUGUUGAUCUCCUGUUCUUGCUCACCCUCCUAUGCUUUGCGGUUCACAAGCUCUAUUCUAGAUUCUCAGGCAAUACACAUGGCAGCUCCGACAUCAACAAGCCUCUCAUAAGAAGCAACAGGGCCCUUCCCAUGACUACCGUAUGGUUCAAACUCUCCUUGAUUGUAACGGUUGUUCUGGCGUUUUCUUACACUAUUAUCUGCAUUCUUGCAUUUAGUAGAAGUAGCCAAGCGCCAUGGAAACAAUUUGAUGGAAUAUUUUGGUUAGUUCAAGCCAUGACUCAUGCGGUGAUUGCAAUCUUAAUCAUCCAUGAGAAGAGAUUUGAGGCUGUUAACCACCCUCUUUCUCUCCGAAUUUACUGGAUUGCGAAUUUUAUCAUCAUUUCCUUGUUUACAGCUUCCGGGGUCAUUCGUAUGGCGUCAGCUGAAACAAAUCAGGACCAGAAUUUGAGGUUGGAUGAUAUAGUUUCCCUGGUUUCUUUUCCAUUAUCAGUUCUUCUUCUUGUUGUUGCUAUUAAAGGUUCCACCGGUAUAACAGUGACCAGAGAACCCGAACCAGCAAUGGAUGAAGAAGAAACCAAGUUGUAUGAACUGCUUUUGAGUAAAUCCAACAUUACUGGCUUUGCUUCAGCUUCUGUAGUAUCAAAGGCCUUUUGGCUCUGGAUGAAUCCUCUGUUGAAAAAAGGCUACAAAUCCCCUCUCAAAAUGGAUGAAGUUCCAACUCUUUCACCCGAACACAGGGCAGAGAAGAUGUCAAAGCUCUUUGAAGUGAAUUGGCCUAAACCGCAGGAAAAAUCAAAGCACCCUGUUCGAACUACAUUGCUACGGUGCUUUUGGAAGGAAGUUGCCUUCACUGCAUUCCUUGCAAUCGUUCGGCUUUGCGUUAUGUAUGUUGGUCCUAUUCUGAUCCAAAGUUUUGUCGAUUACACUGCGGGGAAAAGCAGCUCUCCUUACGAAGGAUAUUGCCUUAUAUUGAUUCUUCUUGCUGCUAAGUUUGUCGAAGUGUUGAGCACUCACCAAUUUAACUUCAAUUCUCAGAAACUUGGGAUGCUCAUUCGCUGCACUCUCAUCACUUCUUUAUACAAGAAAGGGUUAAGGUUAACCUGCUCUGCUCGUCAGGCUCAUGGAGUUGGACAGAUUGUGAAUUACAUGGCUGUUGAUGCUCAACAGCUCUCUGAUAUGAUGUUACAGCUCCAUUCUAUUUGGUUGACUCCUUUGCAGGUAUCCGUCGCCUUGGUGCUCUUGUACAGGUACCUUGGCGCUUCAGUGGUAACAUCGGUGCUUGGACUUCUUGGUGUUCUUGUCUUUGUGAUAAUGGGAACCAGAAGGAACAAUCGUUUUCAAUUCAAUGUGAUGAAGAAUCGUGACUCGAGGAUGAAGGCAACGAAUGAGAUGCUUAAUUACAUGCGGGUUAUCAAGUUCCAGGCGUGGGAAGAACACUUUAAUAAAAGAAUCGAAUCUUUCCGUGAAACAGAGUUUGGAUGGCUUAGCAAAUUCCUGUAUUCUAUCUCUGGCAAUGUCAUAGUAAUGUGGUCGACGCCAAUAUUGGUAUCAACCCUUACAUUUGGGACUGCACUUUUGCUAGGGGUGAGACUUGAUGCAGGGGUAGUGUUUACAACAACAACUAUCUUUAAGAUCUUGCAGGAGCCCAUCAGGGCCUUCCCACAGUCCAUGAUCUCACUUUCACAAGCAAUGAUAUCAUUGGAGAGAUUAGAUACUUUCAUGAUGAGCAAGGAAUUGGUAGAUUCAUCAGUGGAGAGACAGGAGGGUUGCGAUGGUAGUAUUGCUGUGGAAGUUAAAAAUGGGAUGUUUACCUGGGAUGAUGAAAAUGGAGAGGAGGUUCUGAAAAAUAUAAAUUUAGAGGUCAAGAAAGGGCAGCUUGCCGCUAUAGUUGGGACUGUGGGAUCGGGAAAGUCUUCUCUCCUGGCUUCAGUUCUUGGUGAGAUGCACAAAAUAUCAGGGAAGGUUAAGCUUUGUGGGACAACCGCAUAUGUAGCUCAAACAUCUUGGAUUCAGAAUGGGACAAUUCAGGAGAACAUACUAUUUGGUUUGCCAAUGAACAGGGAGAAAUAUAUGGAGGUUAUAAGGGUUUGUUGUUUGGAGAAAGACUUGGAAAUGCUGGAGUUCGGUGAUCAGACUGAAAUUGGAGAACGUGGAAUUAACCUCAGCGGUGGCCAGAAGCAACGAGUACAACUGGCUAGAGCUGUUUACCAGGAUUGUGACAUCUACCUUCUUGAUGACGUCUUUAGUGCUGUUGAUGCCCAUACAGGGACAGACAUAUUUAAGGAAUGUGUGAGAGGAGCUCUCAAAGAGAAGACUAUUUUGCUUGUAACUCAUCAAGUAGAUUUCCUGCAUAAUGUUGAUCAUAUCUUGGUGAUGCGAGAUGGGAUGAUAGUUCAAUCAGGGAAUUAUAAUAAUUUACUAGACUCUGGCAUGGAUUUUGGAGCUCUGGUAGCUGCACAUGAAACGGCCAUGGAACUUGUUGAAGCUGGCAACACCAUGCCUGAUGAAAAUUCCCCAAAAACAUUGAAAUCUCCUCAGGAUGUUUCCAACCUUGAGGAACCAAAUGGUGAAAAUAAGUCCCAAGACCACCCAAAAUCUGAUAAGGGGGAUUCUAGGCUAAUCAAAGAUGAGGAGAGGGAAACUGGUAAAGUCAGCUUGCAUGUGUAUAAAAUGUACUGCACUGAGGCUUUUGGCUGGGGGGGUGUGGCUGCUGUUUUGUUAUUAUCUCUGUCAUGGCAAGCUUCUAUAAUGGCUGGUGAUUAUUGGCUGUCAUAUGAAACUUCUACUGAACGUGCUCUUUCAUUCAACCCUUCACGAUUCAUUUCUGUUUAUGCUAUCAUAGCAGCUGUUUCGGUAGUGUUGAUAGUGUUCAGAGCCUUUUUCGUUACACUUAUGGGGCUCAAGACGGCCCAAAUCUUUUUCAGGCAAAUUCUUCAAAGUAUCUUGCAUGCGCCUAUGUCCUUUUUUGAUACCACACCUUCAGGAAGAAUUUUAAGUCGGGCAUCAACUGAUCAGACCAACGUUGAUAUCUUUGUCCCAUUCAUUAUGGGGAUUACCAUUGCUAUGUACAUUACACUGCUCAGUAUCUUCAUAAUCACAUGUCAAUAUGCUUGGCCCACGAUAUUCUUGAUAAUUCCACUUGGUUGGCUGAAUUACUGGUAUCGGGGAUACUACCUGGCAUCAUCUCGUGAAUUAACUCGCCUUGAUUCAAUCACUAAAGCUCCUGUCAUCCAUCACUUCUCAGAAAGCAUCUCUGGAGUUAUGACAAUUCGUGCAUUCAGAAAGGAGGAUAGGUUUUGUCAGGAAAAUGUUAACAGAGUUAAUUCCAGUUUACGCAUGGAUUUCCACAACAAUGGAUCCAAUGAGUGGUUGGGUUUCCGUUUGGAACUUAUUGGGAGUAUAGUCCUCUGCCUAUCUACCAUGUUUAUGAUAUUGUUACCUAGCAGCAUCGUCAAGCCAGAAAAUGUCGGGUUAUCUCUCUCAUAUGGGUUGUCCCUCAAUGGUGUGUUGUUCUGGGCUAUAUAUAUGAGUUGCUUUGUGGAAAAUAGGAUGGUUUCAGUUGAAAGAAUAAAGCAAUUUUCAAGUAUUCAGCCAGAAGCAGCAUGGCAUAUUGAAGACCGUCUUCCCCCUCCAAAUUGGCCCGCCCAUGGCAAUGUUGAGCUCAAAGACCUUCAGGUUAGAUACCGUCCAAGCACUCCUCUUGUAGUUAAAGGCAUUACUCUGAGUAUUAAUGGGGGUGAAAAGAUUGGUGUUGUUGGUCGGACAGGGAGUGGGAAGUCAACUUUAAUCCAAGUUUUCUUUAGACUGGUUGAGCCAACAGGAGGGAGAAUAAUUAUUGAUGGUAUAGAUAUCUGCAUGCUAGGACUGCAUGAUCUCAGGUCACGCUUUGGGAUCAUCCCUCAGGAACCUGUCCUUUUUGAAGGAACUGUGAGAAGCAACAUUGAUCCGAUAGGACAGUUUUCAGAUGAAGAGAUAUGGAAGAUCUUGUUUACCUUCGCUAGAAGUUUAUUAUUAUUUUUGCAGAGCCUUGAGCGCUGCCAACUAAAAGAUGUGGUGGCUUCAAAACCUGAUAAGCUCGAUUCUUUAGUGGUUGAUAAUGGCGACAACUGGAGCGUGGGUCAGAGGCAACUUCUGUGUUUGGGAAGGGUUAUGCUUAAGCACAGCCGGCUUUUGUUCAUGGACGAGGCAACUGCAUCUGUUGAUUCACAAACUGAUGCUAUAAUCCAAAAGAUCAUCAGAGAAGACUUUGCAGCCUGCACAAUCAUCAGCAUUGCACACAGAAUACCCACAGUCAUGGACUGCGAUAGGGUUUUAGUCGUGGAUGCAGGAAGGGCAAAAGAAUUUGACAAACCAUCACGCUUGCUUGAGAGGCCAACCCUCUUUGCAGCAUUGGUUCAAGAAUAUGCGAACCGCUCGUCUGGACUCUAACCAAAUCUUCCGGAGGACUUAGGAUUGCCGGUGACUAAAUUUUUUCUGUACCAGAAGUAAAAUACUCUCGACUUUUUCUUAUCCACUGCCAAUCAACCUAGCAUAUAUAACUUCAUUUACAAUUAUCUGCUAUUUACUAUCAAAAUUCAACAAGAUGUAAUCUAUCUCUCAGGAUAGCAAAAUAAGCAUUUACUUCUUUGGCAUACUACUUUUUCUUUCUCUCUUAUGAUGGAUUUCUCUAUAGUAGAAGAUUAUUGAUCUUUGGUCAGUGAAUUAAUGUAUGACCAUACGAAAAUAUUACCAUUCUAAAUCUUUGAAUUGCCAAAGGGUUAUGCUUUCCCAAUUUCAUUUAGAAAUGAACUUUAUGGUAAGAUUCAUUUACA